AUGCUCUCGAGAGCCUUCGAGUUCCGCACCGGUGCAGAGGGCGUGGGUGGAUUCUUGUGCCCAGGAGCCACGUUGCAGGUCUCGUUGGUGGGGUUCCAGGAGGGGAACACUACUGGCAAGGGCCCUUCUGUUGAGCUGGUCAGCAGUUCCGAUUGCCCUUGUGCGCAACGUUGUCGGGCGUCGUGUGCCGUGGCAGAGGGAUGGAGAUCUGCGCAGGCCAACAAGUUCGGCAAGUGUUGAAGGUGAGUGAAUCAUGUAGGGCCUGUAGGGUUCGAAUCACUGCUGUAAAUGACAUGAAGUUGAUCCACCCCGGUUCAUCCAUCCCAGAAUCCAUGUUGCUCUUUGCCCUCCUUUUUGUCCAUGCAUUGGUCCAUGCAUCUCGAUCCCAGUCUUCAGGAGGAGCCGCAUGUCCAUUUGGCUUGCAUCGGAGCAUACCUCGUGGUGCAGAACCUCAAACUCCUGAGACCUUUCGAGCCAUGUUUGGUGUCGAGGCUAACGUCCAGUCGGGUCACCAGCCAUGGGUCGGGACGUUUCAUUCCCGGUCCGAGGAAGACGAGUGCGAACGGUCUCUCCGAACGACCGGGUCCCCGUGGUCCGAAACGCCUUCGAC